AUGUCAUCUUGGUACUCGAGGAUCCUCACCAACACCACCUCUCAGAUCUCGAACCUGCAGAGUCGCUUGUUGCAGAGCGAAAACGACGGCGACACUGAAGACGACACCCACGUGUGCAGAGUCCUUAGAGGCUACUACACCGAGAAAGGCCGUCCGUUCCCAGGCUGGUUGCCGCCCGACCCAAAGGCACCACCCCCAGCAGCGCCCGUCUACGCCCAACCAGCCCAGCAAGUCGGCGCACGAUACGGAGGUCUGCAGCAGCAACAGCAAGCUGGUCCUACGACGGGCUUGAGCUCUCUGUGGGACAAUAAUGGCGGCGCGCAGCAGAGGCAGGACACGAUGAGCCUGCGGCAAGGUCGCGGAGCUCCCCCACCGAUGCGAGGCGCCGAGCAGCAGCCCGCGCGACUGAGCCCCUUUGCCCGAGCCGGAGACAAUGGACGCGAAGAGGUGCAGGCACGACCUCUGCCCAGUCAGCGAGCGGGCAGUUAUCAGCAAAGUGCGGCAUAUGGAAGAGACACGACGAACACACCGCCGGGCAGCUCAGCGGGCGGCUCAGCACAGGAUCGGCUUAAGCAGCGACUAUGGGGAGGUGCGAGAACAACCAGUCCGGCAUCUGGAGGCCAAGGACCAUUCCAACCACCGACGGGCAGAGGCGGGAGCGGUGACUACGAAGACCGAUUUGCUCCCGGCGGCAUGUACGAUGGGAAUGGAGGCGGCGGCGGUGGUGGUGGAGGAGGCGGAGGUAGGCCAUUUGUGGCAUCCAACUCUCCGUGGUCGAACAACGAUCCUGGCUAUGGUGGAGGAAGCGGCGGCGGCGGUGGCAGUGGUGGGCGAACAGGACUGCCUGCUGGCCCAAGACGUCAAGGUCUCCCAAGCGGUCCUCACUCAGAUCCCCCGCCGGCCACCAACGCUCCACCACCGACGCGACCUCGUUCGCCCUCGGGGAGCUUCUAUGCCCUGAGCGACGAUGAGGAAGGGGACUACAACACAAUCACGCAUACAGAAACAGGACGGGGCGUCAAGCUUCUAUUCUCUAAGAGCAAGGUCUAUGUUCACCCCACGCCAUCUGCGAAAGAUAAUAUCCCAGGCUACAUAGCCUUACUCCAGCAGAAAGGAGGCUCAAGCGAACGACCGACCUCCUCCUCGUCUCGAGACUCUCGCAAUCCACCUCCCUCCAACCUGCUCCUAGCAUGGCUCCCCGAAACAUCUCUCGGCGAAUCCGAGAGUAUUUACGUCAAGGUCGACCUCAGUGAAGGUGAUUCGCCGCCUAAGCAGUCGUACCUGGUACCCCCUCCGCCGACGGUCACAUCCCACAGAGGCUCUGUAGGCACAUAUGCUUUCGCCAUUCCAGUCAGCGCAAUAUACUCGCUUCUCGUGAGACCACCGAGUCUGGGUUGGUGGUUCGGCUCUCUAAUCAUCAACUCGAGGGCUGGUGACAGUUUUCCCGCGCUAUUUUUCCACGACAGCGAAUGUCAGAGCACCAUCCUUAAGAGAAAGAGGCGGACGAGGGAUAGCUUCGACCCAUUCGGUGACCGGGGUGAGAUGUUCUGGGGCGGCGAUGAGGUCCUGCGAUGGUUGCGGCGCUACGUUCCGAUCGAGAGAUCCGGCGCCGAGCCCAACAUUUACUUGGUGGAGCCCUCGAAGGAGGAUAGCGAGGCUUUCAGUGGCAAGCUCACGUCCAGUGCUCAGGCCGGUCAAAAUGAUGGUUCGGGGACUCGAGCCGGCGGCGCUGGCCCCAGUGGUGACGCGCAGAUGGACCCCUUUGUAAAAUUUGUCAAAGAAACUGGAUGGAACAUCAUGGAGAAGUUCAGCAAGGUCACCACUUUCACCAGACGGGCUGCUCAAGACGUCAUACAGAAUCCGAAUGUUCCCCCACAAGUCAAGAGGCUUCUUCGCAACCCAGAGGUUCAGACUCUUCAAGAUGAGUUUGACAGCGCGAGGAUAUACCUGGCGCGCUGGGCAAUGGGAAUUGCCGAACAAAGUGAGCGAGAUCGGAGCCAGAGGAUAUGGACUGCUAAGGAGGUCUUGGAGCUCGAGGAUACCGAUGUUGGAGAGUUUGAGCUGCUAGACGGCAGUAGCACCAUGUCGUUGGAGGAUAGAAGAAAGACGGUGACGCUGAAAGAAUGGAACACGUUCUUUGAUCCACGAACUGGAAGGCUUUCUGUCACUGUUGACGAAGUCAAAGAACGGGUGUUUCACGGAGGACUGGACCCUGACGAUGGUGUGAGGAAAGAGGCAUGGCUCUUCAUUCUCGGAGUUCACGACUGGUAUAGCACUGCCGAGGAGCGAAAAGCCCAUCUCGCGUCCCUACGAGACGAAUAUGUUAAGUUGAAGGGCGCAUGGUGGGAGAGACUAGUAGACUUGGGAGGCGAGGGCGAACAGGGCGAGUGGUGGCGUGAGCAACGCGGUCGAAUCGAAAAGGAUGUCCACCGGACAGAUCGUAAUGUGCCCAUCUUCGCCGGAGAAGACAUUCCGCACCCCGAUCCCGACUCCCCCUUUUCCGAGGUCGGCACCAAUGUCCAUCUUGAGCAGAUGAAGGACAUGCUCCUGACGUACAACGAGUACAAUAAGGAUCUCGGCUACGUGCAGGGCAUGUCUGAUCUUCUCGCUCCUAUCUACGCUGUGAUGCAGGACGAUGCCAUCGCCUUUUGGGGCUUCCAGCACUUCAUGGACCGCAUGGAGCGCAAUUUCCUACGAGAUCAGUCUGGCAUGCGGUCUCAGCUACUGACUCUUGAUCAUCUCGUUCAGUUCAUGGACCCCAAGCUUUACGCUCACCUCCAGUCUGCUGAUAGCACAAACUUUUUCUUCUUCUUCCGCAUGUUGCUCGUCUGGUAUAAACGGGAGUUCGAGUGGAUGGACGUAUUGCGUCUUUGGGAGACUCUGUGGACGGACUAUUUGAGCAGCAGCUUCCACCUAUUUGUGGCCUUGGCCAUUUUGGAGAAGCACCGCGACGUCAUCAUGACCCACCUGCAGCAUUUUGAUGAGGUGCUUAAAUACGUCAACGAGCUUUCCAACACAAUGGAUCUUGACUCAACUCUAAUUCGCGCGGAGGCGCUAUUCCGUCGGUUCCACCGCCUGGUUGAGGCCGUCGAUAAGAAGGGCAAUUUCCCGGGACCGAGAAUCCGCGACCCGGGGUCUCCUUCAAAGUCGGCAUCUACCGACAAAACUCCACAGGAGAGCCAAAGCAGUGCAGGUCCAGCAUCGCCACGCAAGGACAAGAGCAAGGCAACUGAAGAGCCCGAGGUCAAGAAGAUUAUUACUCCCGAGUUAAGAGAGCUACUUAGCCGGAAGGUCGUGAUCUUGCCGCGGAAAGAAGUAGCGAAGAAGGGCGACGGGCCCGGAAGGUCAUGA